AUGGUGCUGCAGCCACGUUUUCAAAUGCCGUCACGUAGGACUGUGACGAGGGGUUGCUUAGCUAUGUUUGAGGGAGAAAGAGAACAGCUAAGGACAUGGUUUAAAAAGUUUUCUGGAAGCGUUAGUCUCACCACAGACACAUGGACUUCUUGUCAAAAUCUGACUUAUAUGUGCUUGACGGCUCAUUUCAUAGAUUCUGAAUGGAAUCUACACAAGAAGAUAAUAAACUUUUGCCAAGUCUCAAGUCAUUCAGGUGAGAUGAUGGGAAGAACGAUGGAGAAGUGUUUGCUGUUUUGGGGAAUUGACAAAGUUUUUACAAUCACGGUAGACAACGCAAGUUCAAAUGAUUUAGGAGUGCGUUACAUGCGAAAAAGUCUACAAUCAAGAGGAGGCUGUAUGUUAAAUGGCGAGUUUCUUCAUAUGCGGUGUGGUGCUCAUAUCUUAGGUUUGAUUGUUAAAGACGGCUUAAAGGAUGUAGAGGCUGCGAUAACUCGGAUUCGUUUGGCUGUUCGUUAUAUAAGAUCUUCUCCAAAUAGGUUGGUGAAAUUUAAAGAGUGUCUUGAACAAUUGAAACUUCCUACGAACUGUGGUGUUUGCUUGGAUGUGGAAACCAGAUGGAACUCAACCUAUUUAAUGUUAGAUUCUGCUCUUAAGGUAAGGAAAGCUUUUGAUUUGCUGGAAGUAAAAGACAGAGCCUAUAGAGUUGAGAUGGCUGAUGAUUUGCCGAGUGAUACUGACUGGUCUUAUGCUGAAGGUCUUGUUCCAUUCUUGGAGUCAUUUUAUGAGACAACCGUGAAGAUAUCUGGGUCUCUUUACAUCACAUCAAAUGUUUAUAUGAAAGAGAUCUUUGGCUUAUCUUUACUUAUAAUGAAGAUGGGUAUGGAUGAGUCUAGAUCCAUAAGAGAGAUGUCAGUCCGGAUGAGAGAAAAGUACGACAAGUAUUGGGGAAAUUUUGAUAACAUGAACAUGCUUAUCUUUGUUGCUACUGUACUUGAUCCAAGGUACAAGAUGCAGUGGGUUAAAUGGUUGAUUGAUGAAAUAUACUCGGCACAAGAUGCUUCUGAUUUACUGUCAAAGGUUCGUGCUGCUUUAGAUAAGAUGUUUGACUACUACAAGACUAUGGUUCCGGAAAGUACGGUGUCUUCUAGUGAAAGAAACGACAAUGUUGGAGAAGAUGAUGUUCAAAAAAUUGGAAAGAUUGGUUCUUGGAUGAGUUCUAUGUACAAGAAACACAAGGAGAGUAAAGGAUAUGCACAACCUGAAACAGAGCUGGAAAGGUAUUUGUUGGAUGAUUGUGAAAACGAUGAGGAUCAGAGUUUUGAUAUCUUGUAUUGGUGGAAGACUACAGGAUCAAAGUAUAAGAUAAUCUCUCUGAUGGCGAAAGAUAUACUUGUUGUUCCCGUAUCGACAGUUGCAUCGGAAUCUGCUUUUAGUGCGGGAGGUCGUGUGCUUGAUUCUUUCCGAAGCUCACUCACUCCAACAAUGGUCGAAGCUCUCAUUUGCACUCAAGAUUGGAUACGGCGUGACAAUCAACCUCUUGUGGUAGAAGAAACAAUGGCGGAUAUACUAGAAUUCGAAUCUGAGAUGGAGGCAGAAAAUACUUUUGGUCCUAUGGUUGUUGAUGAUUGA